AUGAAAAAACAUCUUCCCUCCCCUCUGGUGUUCAUACUACUCCUUCUAAUCCCUCGUGACACUCAUCAAUAUGCCUGCGACGAGACCAACCCAAGCACCAGCGACAACCCCUUCUGUAACACAUCUUUACCUUAUGCAGACCGAGCCAAAGACCUCGUGUCACGCCUCACCCUCCAAGAAAAGGUGCAACAGCUAGUUAAUGGUGCCAGAGGCAUUUCCAGGCUAGGCGUGCCCGCCUAUGAAUGGUGGUCCGAGGCACUGCAUGGAGUGUCAAACACUGGGCCUGGAGUACAUUUUAAUGCAACAGUGCCCGGAGCGACGAGUUUUCCAGCAGUCAUUCUUUCGGCUGCCAGUUUUAAUGCUUCUUUAUGGCUCGAGCUGGGACGGGUGGUGUCAACCGAGGCUCGAGCCAUGUACAAUGGUGGUCUUGCUGGCUUGACAUUUUGGAGUCCAAAUGUGAAUGUGUUUAGGGACCCCAGAUGGGGGAGGGGUCAGGAGACCCCUGGAGAGGACCCUCUGGUGGUUUCAACAUAUGCUGUGAACUAUGUCAAAGGUUUGCAAGAGAUUGGUGAUGAGCAGGGGAACUCUAGUAGUACUGAUCAGAGGCUCAAGGUUGCAAGUUGUUGUAAGCACUAUACUGCUUAUGAUAUUGAUAACUGGAAAGGUGUUGAUCGAUUUCACUUUGAUGCACAGGUAACACCACAGGAUAUGGAGGAUACUUUUCAGCCACCAUUCAAGAGCUGUGUAGAGGAGGGGCAUGUCAGCAGUGUGAUGUGUUCAUACAACAGGGUGAAUGGAAUUCCCACCUGUGCUGACCCGGAUUUGCUCAAAGGGACAAUCAGAGGCCAGUGGGGUCUAGAUGGGUACAUUGUUUCUGAUUGUGACUCCAUUGAGGUUUACUACGACUCUAUACAUUACACUGCCACACCUGAGGAUGCUGUAGCCCUUGCCUUAAAAGCAGGUUUGAACAUGAAUUGUGGGGAUUUUCUUAGCAAAUACACAGAAAAUGCAGUAAACUUGCAGAAAGUUGAUGAGUCGAUUGUAGAUCAGGCACUGUUAUACAACUACAUAGUACUAAUGAGACUAGGAUUCUUUGAUGGAGACCCAAAAAUGCUCCCAUUCGGAAAACUUGGCCCGUCCGAUGUAUGCACCGAUGAUCAUCAACUGUUGGCAGUUGAAGCAGCAAAACAAGGAAUAGUUUUGCUAGACAACAAUGGUGUCCUUCCUCUGUCUCCUAACAGUACAAAAAAUUUAGCCAUUAUUGGACCAAAUGGUAAUGCCACUGAAGCUAUGCUGAGCAUCUAUGCUGGCGUGCCUUGCCAAUACACCACCCCUUUACAAGGCUUGCAAAAGUAUGUCUCGACGGUCACAUAUGAGCCGGGGUGUGUCAGUGUUGGCUGCGCUGAUGGUAGCAGAAUUGAGGCGGCAGCUAAGGUGGCUGCGGCCGCUGAUGCGGUGGUGGUGGUGGUGGGGCUUGAUCAAUCAAUUGAGAGAGAGAGUUUGGAUAGGGUGAACUUGACAUUGCCUGGAUUUCAAGAGGAGCUUGUGAUGGAAGUGGCUAAUGCUACUAAUAAAUCUGUGGUGCUAGUUGUUAUGUCAGCUAGUCCAAUUGACAUUUCAUUUGCCAAGAACAAUAGCAACAUUGGGGCAAUUUUGUGGGUUGGCUAUCCUGGCCAAGCUGGAGGGGAUGCCAUAGCUCAAGUUUUAUUUGGAGACUACAAUCCAGGUGGGAGGUCCCCUUUUACUUGGUACCCACAAGAAUACGCAGAUCAAGUCUCAAUGACAGACAUGAACAUGAGAGCCAACGCCACUCGGAACUUCCCAGGACGAACCUAUCGAUUCUACACUGGAAAAUCAAUCUAUGAGUUUGGCCAUGGUUUAAGUUACUCAACAUUUUCAAAAUUCAUAAUAUCUGCCCCUUCCACCAUACUCAUAAAGCCAAUCACCACCACCACCCAUCAGCCACCAAACACUCUCACUUCCACCACCACCAACGGCCAGGCCAUCAAUAUCUCGACGAUAAACUGCCAGAAUUUACAGUUCCAAGUUAAUGUCGGAGUGAAGAACCAUGGGGAAAUCGAUGGACCACACGUCGUGCUGGUGUUUUGGAAGCCGGCAAGCUCGCAAGGAGUGACCGGAAUACCAAAUGUGCAGCUGGUGGGGUUUGAGAGGGUGGUGGUGAAGAGAGAGAAGACGGAGAUGGUGACGGUGGAGUUGGAUGUUUGCAAGGAUUUGAGCGUUGCUGAUGGAGAUGGGAAGAGGAAGUUGAUAACUGGGCAGCAUGCACUUGUGAUUGGUUCUUCUAGUGAGCGCCAAGUGAAGCACCAUUUCAAUAUUAGGGUUGCAAAUAGUGAAGAUCAAGGUAGUCUUACAUGUAUGUAAUAUCACCAUUGGGUUCAAAAAAACAAAGAGGCAGGACUAAUGUUUAUUUGAGCCAUGUUGGUUAGGUAGGCGUAGAAAGAAGAAUAACUAUUGCUCCAUUGUGAGUUUCGAUAUCACAUUAUUACUAUCACGUAACAUCAAAAUUCAAUAAUAAGC